GCGCGCCGGGAUGGGCCCCAAGCGGCGGCAGCUGACGUUCCGGGAGAAGUCCCGGAUCAUCCAGGAGGUGGAGGAGAACCCGGACCUGCGCAAGGGCGAGAUCGCGCGGCGCUUCAACAUCCCGCCGUCCACGCUGAGCACCAUCCUGAAGAACAAGCGCGCCAUCCUGGCGUCGGAGCGCAAGUACGGUGUGGCCUCCACCUGCCGCAAGACCAACAAGCUGUCCCCUUACGACAAGCUCGAGGGGCUGCUCAUCGCCUGGUUCCAACAGAUCCGCGCCGCCGGCCUGCCCGUGAAGGGCAUCAUUCUCAAGGAGAAGGCUCUGCGGAUAGCCGAGGAGCUGGGCAUGGAUGACUUCACUGCCUCCAACGGCUGGCUGGACCGCUUCCGCAGGCGCCACGGAGUAGUGUCCUGUAGUGGCGUGGCCCGCGCCCGCUCGCGCAGCGCUCCGCCGUCGGUGGCCGAGGGCUAUGCCUCCCAGGACGUGUUCAGCGUCACUGAGACCAGUUUGUGGUACGACUUUCUGCCCGAUCAGGCCGCGGGGCUGUGCGGCGGCAGCGACGGGCGGGCUCGCAGGGCCACCCAGCGCCUGAGUGUGUUGUUGUGCGCCAACGCCGACGGCAGCGAGAAGCUGCCCCCGCUGGUGGCGGGCAAGUCAGCCAAGCCCCGUGCAGGCCAAGCGGGCCUGCCCUGCGACUACACCGCCAACUCUAAGGGUGGUGUCACCACCCAGGCCCUGGCCAAGUACCUGAAGGCCCUAGACACCCGUAUGGCUGCAGAGUCUCGUCGAGUCCUGCUGCUUGCCGGCCGCCUGGCCGCCCAGUCCGUGGAUACUUCAGGCCUGCGGCAUGUGCAGCUGGCCUUCUUCCCGCCGGGCACGGUGCAGCCGCUGGAGCGGGGCGUGGUCCAGCAGGUGAAGGGCCACUACCGCCAGGCCAUGCUGCUCAAGGCCAUGGCCGCGCUGGAGGGCCAGGACCGCUCGGGCCUGCAGCUGGGCCUCGUGGAGGCGCUGCACUUCGUGGCUGCAGCCUGGCAGGCGGUGGAGCCUUCCGACAUCGCCGCCUGCUUCCGCGAGGCCGGCUUCGGGGGCGGCCCGGACGCCACCAUCACCGCUGCCCUCAAGAGCGAGGGGGAGGAGGAGGAGGAGGAAGAGGAGGAGGACGAGGACGAGGAGGAGGGGGAAGGGGAGGAGGAGGAGGCGGAGGAGGGCGAGGAGGGGGAGGAAGAGGAGGAGGGGGGCGAAGGAGAGGAGCUGGGAGAGGAGGAGGAGGUGGAGGAGGAGGGCGACGUGGAUGACAGUGAGGAGGAGGAGGAGGAGGAGGAGAGCUCCUCCGAGGGCUUGGAGGCCGAGGACUGGGCCCAGGGCGUCGUGGAGGCCGGCGGCAGCUUCGGGGGCUACGGCGCCCAGGAGGAGGCCCAGUACCCCACCCUCCAUUUCCUGGAAGGUGAGGCAGACUCUGAGUCGGACAGUGAGGAAGAGGAGGACGACGAUGACGACGAUGACGAUGAUGACGAUGACGAAGAUGAGGAGGAGGAUGGUGAUGAGGUGCCUGUGCCCAGCUUUGGGGAGGCCAUGGCUUACUUCGCUAUGGUAAAGAGGUACCUGACCUCCUUCCCCAUUGACGAUCGUGUGCAGAGCCACAUCCUCCACUUGGAACACGAUCUGGUCCAUGUGACCAGGAAGAACCACGCCAGGCAGGCAGGAGUUCGGGGUCUUGGACAUCAGAGUUGAGCCACUGGGCUUAGCCAUGCCCUUAACCCGAUGUGGCAGCACCAGCCCAGGGCAAAGGAUUCUUUGGGCAGCUGCUGUGGAUGGAGCCAGAGUGGGGAGUUGCCCAGAUCCUUUAGUGAUGUUCCCCAGGCCCUAUGAACAAGCCCAGUCACCUUGGUAGGGCCUGGGGCUGGGGUCAGCCUCACUGCCUGCUUAUUGCCUCUUUCUCAGAGUCCUAUUUCCUCCCCAUUUGCCCCUGAACGUGGGGGACCAGGUGGGGAGCUGUCCGGUGCUACCACACCAUGCCAUCAGUGGACUAGGCCACAGCAGCCACCAGGGAUGGACCCUGGAAGCUCCCGGCCAGAGAGUGCCUCUCCCCUCUGCCAUCCACACUAGGUCUUUGGUGGGGGGGACCCCAAAGCCAUUCUGGGAAGGGCUUCAGAGGAAGGUCCAGCCUAGGCCCCCACGAGGCUGGCAGCCCCCCAUCCCUGCCCCCAGACCUCCUCGAGAAGCACAGUCUAACUCACCGCAGGCUCCUGAGCCUGCCUCUGCCUGCUUUCCCACCCCCCCAAUCCACUUCUCUGGCCCAGCCCAUGUUACUUUGGCCCUUGGUUUUCUUAAUAGAUUGGAGGUUCCCAAGAGGCCCUCCAGGGGAGUAAAAAUGGGCGUUUCCCUUGUGGGCAGCUGCAGGCCCCAUGCCUCGCCUUCCUCUCUGGCAGGGUCCUAUCCUGGGCAGGGGCCCUGGGGCUGGGCCCAGAGUCCAGCUGUCCAGCUGCUCCUUUCCCAGUUUGAAUUCAAUAAAUCCGUCCACUCCCCUUUUGUGGGGGUGAAUGUUUUAACAGCUAA